AUGGGUGGUAGACAUGGAGACUUAAAAUCUCGUGCUAAAGAGCAUGGAGGUUCGAGUCCUCUUCAAGGCAUAAUAUUGAAUAUUGUGACCCAUCCGAUCAUUGCAAUGAGGAAUGAUAUUGAGGGGUCCUUAAAUACUCAUCCGAUCAACUUAAUAGUCAAUUGUAGAGUUAUUAUUGAACAACACGAUUCCCUCAACACACCUCCCCUCAUUAAGAAGCUUCCCAUCACAGGACAAGGCAACUCGGUCUUGUUUGUAUUGGGUUUGGGCCUACUUACUUAUGUCACAGGCUUGUGGACUUGGAUCGUCUUGGGGCCUUAUGGCGAGGAGGUGCGUCCAAUUUUUCUUGCUCAAUUUCCUGCGUAG